CCAAAAUUGAAUGCGAACAAAAAGGGUUUACAUUUCUCCGCACCAGAGAAACAAUGGAGUCUCUCUUUGACUCGAAGUGGACAAUGCUUCUCCCCCUUUUGCUUUUUCUUCUCUUCUUCUCUUCUGCCGCCGCCUCCGACCGCGCAGCCUUGCUGGCCUUCCGCGCCGCCGUGGGCGGGCGGCGGGGCUUCGUGUGGAACGCCACCGACGGCGCCAAUCACUGCAAUUGGGGCGGAGUUCAGUGCGAGGAUGACAGGGUCACUGCUCUACGGCUACCUGGGUUUUCUCUCUCGGGUUCAAUUCCCCCCGGCACGCUCUCCAACCUCACGCGCCUCCGCACGCUCAGCCUCCGUCUGAACCACCUUUCCGGCCCGUUUCCGGCCGACCUCUCUCAGUGUGUCGAGCUUCAGAACCUCUACCUGCAGGGAAACCUCUUCUCCGGCUCCUUGCCCGAUUCGUUAUUCGGUCUUCGCUCAUUGGUCCGCGUCAAUCUCGCUGACAACAAUUUUUCCGGCAACAUCUCUUCCGGGUUCAACAAUUUGACCCGCUUGCGGACCCUUUUUCUGGAGAAAAACGGGUUUUCCGGGUCCUUACCGGAGCUAAACAAUCUGAAACUCCGACAGUUCAAUGUUUCAUUCAAUAACUUGAACGGGUCUAUCCCGAAGAGCCUAGAAUCCUUCCCUCCCGAGGGUUUUACCGGAAAUUCACUCUGCGGGAAGCCUCUAGCUGUUUGUCUUGGCGAGAAGACCCCGCCGGCCAUAGCUACGGAUGGAUUAACAAUUGGGAAGUCAAACAACAAGAAGAAACUCUCAGGCGGAGCAAUUGCAGGGAUUGUGGUCGGAUCUGUGGUGGGAUUUCUACUGUUAUUCCUAAUCCUCUGUGUUCUUUGCAGAAAGAAAUCCGGGUCAGUCAAUGUUGCUACCACAAAGCAUCCUGAAGCUGGAGAGAAAGAGAGGGAGAAUACAUAUCCGGCUGCUGCUGUUGGUGCAGCUAUGACAGGGGAAGGGAAAGGAGGAGAGAGCAGCGGGGGAGGUGGGACAGGGGCCAAGAAACUGGUGUUCUUUGGAGGCACGGCGAGAGUGUUUGAUUUGGAGGAUCUUUUGAGAGCUUCUGCUGAGGUUCUGGGUAAGGGCACGUUUGGGACGGCUUACAAGGCAGUCCUGGAGAUGGGGGCUAUUGUGGCUGUGAAGAGAUUGAAGGAUGUAACCAUACCAGAGGGUGAGUUCAGGGAGAAAAUAGGUGUGGUUGGGAACAUGAAUCACGAGCAUUUGGUGCCGUUAAAGGCUUAUUACUAUAGCAGGGAGGAAAAGCUUCUUGUUUAUGAUUAUAUGCCUAUGGGAAGCUUGUCUGCAUUGCUUCAUGGCAAGGGUGCAGGCAGGACACCAUUGAACUGGGAACUGAGGUUGGGUGUUGCUCUGGGCACUGCCCAAGGAAUCGAAUACUUGCACAUCCAUGACAUCUCUCACGGCAACAUAAAAUCAUCAAACGUUCUUCUGACCAAAUCAUACGAGCCAAAAGUGUCCGAUUUCGGCAUAUCCAACAUUGUGGGACCGUCGUCAUCCGCUCCUACCCGAAUCACCGGUUACCGGGCGCCCGAAGUGACCGACCCGCGAAGGGUGUCCCAGAAGGCAGACGUCUACAGCUUUGGGGUGUUGCUUCUGGAGCUCCUGACAGGGAAAGCCCCUACGAACUCUCUCUCGAACGAAGAAGAAGGGGUUGACCUGCCAAGAUGGGUUCAGUCAGUGGUGAAGGAGGAGUGGACUUCUGAAGUCUUUGAUCUCGAGCUUCUUCGUUCCCAGAAUGUCGCGGAGGAGGAAAUGGUGGGACUGCUGCAGCUCGCGGUGGACUGCGCGGAGCAGCACCCUGAAAAGAGGCCAUCAAUGCCGGAUGUGGUGAGUCGGAUCAAGGAGCUUCAUGGUUCAAGCUUGAGGAAGCAGAAAGCAUCUGAGGUUGUCCCUGAUAGUGAUGAGAAUUGAAAACCAGACAAAAAUUGAUCAUGCUAGAAGAAGAAGAAGAAGUUAUUGUUCUUGGCAUUAUUAUUAUCCUUUAGAUUUAACAACUUAUGGCUCCCCCACCCACACACCCAACAAAAAAACCCAGUUAUUGUGGUGUUUUUUUUUUUAAAUUUUUAUGUGAUUUUUCUAUUGUGUUCUUUAAAGGUGGGGGUAGGGGUGUGGGCCCAACAUAAGAUUUCUUGUAGGGUUGAGAUUGUUGUGGGUGU